CAAAGCUUUGUUGUUAAUCCCCCCUUGAGCCAAUUAAGUUUAGCCUGAGUAAUAUUCAACGUUCCUAUAAAUGCGGCGCUAACCCCUCCAUCAGAGAGACGCGCCUCUGUUAGAAGACACUCAGGACAUCUGUGUUACUUGAAAUUAGAAGUCAGGGGGUUUUUUUUGUAGUUUUACACACAGUAACAUUGUUUUAACAGCUUUUUGAGAAGUCCUUCUUUAUUUGACAAAAAUGAGCUGGAAGCGUCCGGUAGAGCUCCCAGAAGACUUCUGGAUACCCAUCCCCCUGGACACCGACAACAUCACAUCCCUCAGCCCGUACCUGGUUCCCCAGGAUCACUUAGGGAGCCCUGGCAUCUUUUAUUCCAUGUCAGCAUUCAUGUUCUUCCUCUUUGUGGCUGGUACAGGCAUCAACACCAUCACUAUCGCAUGCACUGUUCAAUACAAGAAGCUCCGCUCUCACCUGAACUACAUCCUGGUGAACUUGGCCAUAGCGAACCUCCUCGUCUCCACUGUGGGCUCCUUCACCUGCUUCUACUGCUUUGCCUUCAGAUACAUGAUUCUCGGUCCACUUGGGUGCAAGAUUGAGGGAUUUACAGCAACUAUUGGUGGUAUGGUCAGCCUGUGGUCUCUUGCUGUGGUAGCAUUUGAGAGGUGGCUCGUGGUCUGCAAGCCACUCGGGAACUUUGUCUUCAAGCCGAUCCAUGCUAUCGCUUGCUGUGCAAUGACUUGGGUCUUUGCUUUGUGUGCUGCCGUUCCCCCUCUGGUUGGAUGGAGUAGGUAUAUCCCAGAGGGCAUGCAGUGCUCCUGUGGGCCGGACUGGUACACAACUGACAACAAGUUUAACAAUGAGACCUACGUGAUGUUCCUCUUCUGCUUCUGCUUCUCUGUCCCCUUCUCCACCAUCGUUUUCUGCUACUCACAGCUGCUCCUCAUACUGAAAUCGGCAGCGAAGGCCCAAGCUGAGUCUGCCUCCACCCAGAAGGCAGAGCGGGAGGUGACCAGGAUGGUGGUCGUCAUGGUGCUGGGCUUCCUGGUGUGCUGGAUGCCUUACGCCUCCUUUGCUCUGUGGAUGAUCAACAAUCGGGGGCAACCCUUCGACCUGAGACUGGCCACCAUACCUUCCUGUCUGUCUAAAGCCUCCACGGUCUACAACCCAAUGAUCUACAUCCUCCUCAACAAACAGUUCCGCACAUGUAUAAAGCAGAUGCUGGGGAUGAGCACAGGAGAUGAUGAGGAGUCAACCAGUACAUCAACCACUGAGGUCUCUAAAGUCGGACCUUCUUAAUCAAAAUCAAGAGUUGCGUUUUGUAAAUAGCGCUGAAUCGACAAAUUACAUGACAAAUGGAUUAUUGUUAUUGUUAUCGAUUAUUGUCACACAUGAGGAGUUAUAUGCAAAGAAAAAAAAAUAGAAUA